AUGGACACGGCAGCCGGAUCACGGAGAAGAGUCCGAGCCAAGAACACUGACAUGCUCUACUACACGGCCUCGAUCCUCAUGGGCACCCUCGGCCUCUCCUACGCCGCUGUACCCCUCUACCGCAUGUUCUGUUCCGCCACCGGUCUCGGCGGAGCCCCCAUGGUCGGCGAAACCAAAUUUGCGCCCGAGCGUCUCGUCCCCAAGGAUAACCACCGUCGCAUCAAAGUCAGGUUCAACGCCGACACUUCGACCUCCCUCCAAUGGUCCUUCUUGCCCCAGCAGCGUCAAGUCUCGGUCUUGCCUGGCGAGACUGCAUUGGCUUUUUAUACUGCCAAAAAUAAGUCCAAGGACGAUGUCAUUGGUAUUGCUACCUAUAACGUUGCCCCCUCCAAGGUUGCGCCUCAUUUCAACAAGAUUCAGUGCUUCUGCUUUGAGGAACAAAAGUUGACCGCUGGCGAGUCGGUCGACAUGCCCAUCUUUUUCUUUAUCGACCCCGAGUUUGCGAAUGACCCUGAUAUGGCGGAUGUUGACACGGUGACAUUGAGUUAUACGUUCUUCAAGGCCAGAGGUAUGCCUUUUGAGAAGCAGCCCGGUCUUGCUGAGCAGCAGAUGCAAGAGGCUACUGCAUAA